GAGUUGAUCGCCGGCGCCAAGAACGACGCGGUCUUCCGAAGCCGGUUGAGGGUCAUGGACAUUGACGAGAAUGAUUUGCAGCAGCUUUUUCAGAUGAUCGACAUUGACGAGUCGGGUUCGUUGCAGGUGUCCGAGUUUAUUGGCCCGCUCAGCCGAUGGGCUCGCGACUCCAAGACGGCACCGCGCUUCAUCAAGUAUAACUUGAUGCAGUCAAUGCAGAUGCAAGAGGACCUGCUGGAGCUGUCGGACCGACGCUUCACGCGCUUGAGCACGCAGCUGGAAACCUUGGCCAAUCAGCUGUCAGCCGUCACCGGAGGCGAGAGCGAGCCGGAAGGUCUGCUGAUGCCUACUAGUAGUGGCGACGAUUCCUUCAACACUACGGCUUCAAGCUCGCAUGACCAGAUCUCAGCGCCGCAUGCCAGCGGCCAUCCAGAGCUCCUGGAGUCGAAGGAUAGCUCCCAUUUCGCGCUCGAGUCGCAAGCGAGCUUGCCAGUUGACAUCGACGAUCAUGAUUGUCACUCGCGCAGAGCACCCACACUUGCAACUCACUCGUCGGAGAUCAGCCGGAAGAUCGAAGCCGCAAUGGCGCACAUCGACGCGAAGCUGGAGACCUUACUUCACCGAGAAGAGGAGAGGCACAGACAGCCGCAGAGAUUGGCACGAGGACACUCCAAAGACACGUUCCGCGUGAUGUACAUGGAGCAGCCAUGGCACGUCAACGGGGGUGGUAAGCCCCGCUCCAAGGAUUCAGAGCGGACACUUGCGAACAUUUGAUGCGCAGGGACCGAUGGACCAAGGGACCUGGGAUCAAAGUCGACACCUUUGGACCUGGGAUCAAAGUCCCGGUUUGGGCGACUUGACGCAUUCUCGCAGCCCUUGGGCUGCCAAUGCCAUUCUUUUUCAACCGCGAGCCUGGCAAGCCUGAACAAGGUUUGCGAUUCCACAGCGUUGGAACCAAAGGCCCGUUGGCAAGUCCCUUUUUUGGCUAGUCAAGCCACGCAUUCCUGGCAUGAAGCCCCAACGGCUCUCCGCUUGAGGUGCUGGAUCCGCUUUAAGCGGAUGGCUCAUUUCUGCAUUUGGAUCGAGAACUUGGACCCUGGCAAUUGUAGCGGCAUCUUAUACGUUGGUA